GUUGUUUUCUUCAUAGAGCUGUAUCUGUUAAACAUAACAAUGUAAAGAUUCUUGUGGAGUCACUGUUUUCUAAAAUAUGAACAUCUGCACAGCUGUCAGAGUUUUAUUUACACCGUCUUGAGGAUAAUUCACCUACAGACUCACCGCAGUGACGUAACAGGUUACAAGUCAUUCCCUUUAAAAGAUGGUGGGCAGACCAUCAACCGUCUUAAUAUUGAUGAUUUUUUUUCUUUCUUUGACGCAAACAGAACGACUCAGAAGUUAUUCUUAAACACUCAAAGAACAGAUUUGUCUGAAUGGUGGUGUCUUGCUGUGAGCGUCUAAAGGAAACAUGUUUGGUCCUUUGUUGACAGCCCAUCACAUUCCUCUUUGAGGUUUAGUUUGUGGUUUUGAGGCAGUUCCUGAACAGACACUAGAUGGUAUAAAAACUGAGGCAGCAACUUCAGCUUUGAAGAGUAGGAUGGAUGUAGACAGAGGAGCUGUGGUUUAUGGAGAUACUUAGAAAUUAUCGCUCUUACACUGUUGGACCCUGAACUAAAAAAUGGAUUAUAAACUGGAGUUAAUAUUACUUCUUAUGUCCCUGACAGCAGCUUCAUCUUUUGCUCUGGGCGGAGAAGAAUUAACAGAGGCGAUGGUAAGAAAAUACAAUUUUGUGAGGAUGCAUUUCAAAUAUAUAUCCCUUGUUGUGAAUGAUAGACAAAUGUUGUUUCUUGAGCUGGUUGUCAAUCAUCUGAACUGACACCUGCUCCCUCUUAGCUGUUAAAUUUACUGAAAAUUGUGAUAUACAAGUGUUCACUCCUGUUUUACAUGAACUCUGUUGCUUUGGUAGAUCAUCAAGAAGCAUCAUAAUCAAGUUAAAACUCUUCCCAGGAGCUUUAAAAGUUCUACUUCUGACAGAGACAGGGCUCAUUAUUUGAGACAUAUUACUGCUGAAGCUGAAUUUUUGAUAACAUGUCUCAUUCCACUGCUGUUAAAAAUCCUCCUCUUUUUCUUAAGACGUAUUUAAAGAAGUUUGGUUAUCUUCACAUCCCACUGGACAGUAGACCCAAAAACUAUUCAACUGAAGAAAUCGCAGAGGCCCUAAGGUAGCUGCUUGUUGGUCAUUAUCAUAUUAAAAACUUUUUUUUUUUUCACUAAAAAUGUUGUUCUGUUUGUUUGUCAGAUCAUUUCAGAAAGCAACAAACCUGCAAAUAUCAGGAGAACUGGAUUCAGCCACUUUAUCAAUGAUGAGCAAACCCCGAUGUGGUCUACAAGACUCUUUUAGUGACACAUCCCUCAAAUAUCGAGUCAUGGGUGGGUAAAGUUCUGCAGUAUUAUAUUUGUUCAAAAACAUGUAAUGAAAAGUGAAAUUAUGUUUCCCAUUUGAGCAGGUUACUGGCGAAAGAAGCAGCUGACUUAUCGGAUCCAUAAUCACACCCCAGAUCUGGGGAAAGACAAGACCCGACUGGCCAUCCAGAGUGCGUUUAAGUACUGGAGCGAUGUGUCACCCUUGAGGUUCAAUGAGCUGCAGAGUGGACGAGCAGACAUCAAAAUCUCCUUUCACAGAAAAGACAGGUCCUGUCCAGUACCCUUUGAUGGACGAGGUGAUCAACAUAAGUAGAUGUCUUACAGAAACUCCGAUAAGUGAUUUUCAUUUGACAAGUUUUUGACAAGUUUCUCUUGUUAUUCUUAGGUCAUGUUUUAGCCCACGCUGAUGCCCCUGAGUCAGGACUUGUGCAUUUUGACCAGGAUGAGCUGUGGACUGAGGGUAAGAACUACGGCUCCAACCUGAGGAUUGUAGCAGCCCAUGAGAUUGGCCACGCUCUGGGCCUUGGUCACUCACAGCACUACAGUGCUCUAAUGGGACCUGUGUAUAAUGGUUACCGUGCCGACUUCAAGCUUCAUCCAGAUGAUAUACAUGGGAUCCAGACUUUGUAUGGUAAUGACAGAAUCUUAUCACAGUUUCAGGGUUUGUGUCUUCUUUAAAACAAAUAAAAAAUACAAUGCAGAGUGUUAUUUUAAUCCAGGGAAACCAGAGAAGACUCCUCCAGACAGAAAUCCACAACCAGGAGCUGUCCCAGAUCCUUGCAGAGCCACCCUGGAUGCUGCAAUGUUGGGUAUACAGACAGAAAUGUAUGGCUUUGUAAGAAGAUCCUAAACAGGAAAAUAAGCGUGUUGAGCUGUAUUUUCUCUUCAAUCAUGCCCCCUGCAGGUCCUUGGCGUAAGACGUACAUGUUCAGCGGUCAGUAUGUGUGGACGGUGUCUGGUUAUGGUUAUAACUCUCCAGUCCUGAUCUCUGCUCUGUGGAAGGAGCUACCAGGGAGCCUCAAUGCAGCUGUUCACUCACAGCGGACCGGCAAGACUUACUUCUUGAAAGGUGGGUCCAUUUCAUUAAUAGAAAAACCUCGUUUGGCUCAGCUGGUUACAGAGGUAGUAAUUACAGCAUCAUGAGAUUAUUUUUUUUCUUCACAGAAGACAAAAUAUGGAGGUACACCAACUUCAGACUGGACCGAGGUUUUCCCAGAGCUCUGGCAAAAAUCCCCGCCAACAUGGACUCCGCUUUUUACUUCAAUAAGAAUAGAAAUCUGAUUUUUAUCAAGGUAAGUGCAAUAAAACAGAAACCAAGGUUUGCAAUAGUUUAAAAAGUACUUUAACUAAGAUCACGAGUUAAUUGUCUCCCCUGGUUUUGGUCACUUGAGUGUAUUUUCUUUGUGAUUUCCCCUUGUGUUUCUGUCCCCCAUUGUUCCUGUUCCCCUGUAGUCCUGUCUUGUGAGUUUUCAGUUCGUGUCUGACCCUGUUUCCCUCAUGUUCUCAGUGUUUUAUUCUUUAUAUCAGUUUUCAGUGUUUCCUGUUUUAUUUUGUUGUAGUUUAUUCCAUGUUUCUGGUCUUGCUUUACUUCCUCAGUUUUUCCUCCUCUGUAAUUGUCUGCACCUGUGUCUCAGUGUCUCACCUGCCUCUCGUUGCUCGUUUCUCUCUGUGUAUAUAUAGUCCUUGUCUUCCCCUGUUUCUUUGUUGAUUUAUUGUAUGCGUGUCUCCCCACUGAGUGUCCAUGUGGGUUUUCCCAGUGCCUUUUUGUUGAUUUUGCAUUUGGGAGUUUUGAGUCGGACAUUAUACUUUUUUUGUUGUUGUUGCUUCUUAUUUAGUUCUUUUUUAAAAAUUAACUUUUUUUGUCAUUGUGCAUUUGAAUCCACUUUUCAUCUGUUUAACUCUGCAAUGUGACACCUGACCUGUUUUUAGAGGGCCACAAAAUCAGGAGUCACACAUCCGUCCGCUAGAUUAUAUCUUGAUGACAGCAGGGACAGAUUUAGAUUAAAAAUGUCAGAUCAGGGAACAUCUUAUAUUGAUCUGUGCAUCAUACUGCCUUACAAUCAAUAUAAGGCCACAAUAUGAAGCCCCCCCAAACAGCCUCCGCAGAGAUCAUGAACACACAAUUUAAAUUUCACUACAUGAAGCAGACUGCAUUUAAUAUUCCCAUCGAUUUUAAUUACUCCUAUAAGGGUAUGAUCUUUUAGUUAUCUUAAAUGUCUCCUCACAGAUAUCACAAAAGUUAUCCCAAUGUGCAAUCCAGGCUGAUUUUGACUUCCUUACAAAUCACUUUUUUUUGAAACAUGUUAAGUCUCUCGUAUUUCUAAGAAAAGUAUUUAACCUGUUGUUUCAGGGCUCCAUGUACUGGCAAUGGGAUGAAAUCGGCAGGACAGACUUCACUUUGUACCCCAAACCUCUCAGACACCUUUUCCAGGGGAUACCCGGUGAUAUUGAUGCUGCUUUUACGUGGACUAACGCUCACAUAUACGUGUUUAAAGGACCACAGUACUGGCGGCUCAACCAGAACCACCAAGCUGUGGGUAAGGCCUAUCCUCUGAGCACUGCCACACACUGGAUGAGGUGUGACGACUGAGCCACUAGAGGCCAGCAAAGAUUCAACUCAAAAUUCCAUUCAGUGACACAACACACAGAGAGAGGCUUAUUUAUUUCUAUGAACCACUUUUGGAUGGAUGUUUUUAUUAGCUAAACAUUUUUUUAGCUGUGGUGGAAUAAGACAAACCUGAGUGGUAAAAUUCAGAAAAAAAUCUGAUAUUUUUCUUUGGGGCUUUAUACUCUUCAAUAAUCCGACAUUUUGACUUUUUAUACUAGAAAAGGUUGAAAAAGGUGUAAAUGACGGCUCUGUUUUAUCUUCUCUGCUGUCAUGUAUUAGCCUCUCUAUAUCUAUAUGUCUUCUCCUUUUUUUGUAUUGUUGAUAACUGCCCAUAUUACCCUGUUGGAGUACAAACUGACCAAUACAUAGAAUAUUUUUUUUGUAAAUCUUCAUCUUGUAUGUUUUCAUUGAGUUAAAGUGUUUUUAUUGUUCUAUCUUGUAGCUUGAACCUUUAGCU